AUGGACCCCGUUUCGGCUCUUGGCAUCGCGAGUGCUAGUGCCCAGUUUGUUACCUUUACCUCACAAUUGAUAUCCGCCACCGCAGACAUCUACGACUCAGCAAGCGACGCCUCCGCAUACAUCUCCAACUUGGGCACUGUUUAUUCCCAGCUAAAAAGACUUUGCCAGAAUCUGAACCAAGCAUCCCAGAAAGUGUCCAGAGAUCAAGCCGCAACAAGUUCUCAAACAACAACCACCGACACAUAUCAUGCUGCACCCACCUUCAAUUCAUUUGUGCAAGGAGGUCAUACAGACGUUCUUGAUGGUACAAGUGAAGUCGAAUUACGCAUGGGCAAUACCUUGCCGGAAUUGCAACACGUGUACUCUACUCUUCAGGAUGUCGUCAAGAGUUGCGAACAGGACUCCGCCCUCAUUCUCUCCCUCCUCUCAAAGCUAAAGCUAGAGAGUGGUGUCGGAUCUUUAACCAAAAGCUUUAAAGUGGCAAUCAAAAUGAUCUGGAAGAAGGAUGAAAUCCAGAGAGUAGACGAGAGGCUCAAGCGGUCUCAGGCUAUUUUGAUUGCCACCAUGGCGCGCAUAUCCAAGUCUCAUUCUCGAGAGUUGGCUGCGCUACGGAGCGAGAGUCAACUUUUAGGCGCGAGAUACUCGGAGCAGCUCUCGGUCAUGCAAAACACACUGAGAAAUAUCGAAAAAGGGAGAAAAUUCCCUCCGAGUGCCGAAGCGUUCAAAGAUGAGAUCGACACUCUGGAGAAAAUGAUGCGCCAGUCUUCGCUGUCUGAGGCCAGGGUGCGCAAGGAGCUUGAUAUCAUACGAUCACUGAGCUUCAAGACGAGACAAUUCCGUUACAACACCAUCUGUGACGCGCACCAUGAAACCUUCCGAUGGGUCUUUACACCCCCAAGUGAUCAGGAAACGCACCUAAGUAUAAAGCAGCGAGAGUCUCAGACAAAGCUUCUAAAGUGGCUUGAGCACGGCAGCGGAGUAUUCUGGGUUUCCGGGAAGCCUGGGUCGGGCAAGUCGACCUUUAUGAAGUUUGUUGCAGAUCACCAGAGGACAGUGGAAGCACUUUCACGAUGGGCUCAUCCACGUCGAGUCAUUGUUUCCAGUUGCUACUUCUGGAGCUCAGGGUCCAAGAUGCAGAAGUCACUGGUCGGGCUUCUACAGACGCUUCUGUACGAUGUGUUUAGAUGUUGUCCACAGUUGAUUCAGAGUGUUUGUCCUUCUAGAUGGUCAGGAGAGGUACCACAUGGCGACAAAUGGACAGAGAGUGAGCUACGAGCUACUCUAUCGCGAAUCUCGGAGCAGCCCGACAGAACUUUCAGGUUCUGCUUCUUCAUUGACGGACUGGACGAAUACGACAGCGCCAACGGCGACCACAGCGAUUUCUGCGAAUAUCUCACGACAAUCUCGAGUCGAGAUAUCAAGAUCUGCUUGUCGAGCAGGCCAUGGAAUGAGUUCAACGACGCCUUUGGCCAAGAUCCAGCGUCAAGAAUCUUCAUUCAUGAGCUAACAUGGGAUGACAUAUUGCUCUACACUCAAUAUAGGCUUCAUAGGCACCCACGCUGGAAGUCACUGGAAUCACAGACAAAGAAAGCCGGCUCCCUAGCUAGAACUGUUGUGACGAGAGCCCAAGGGGUCUUUCUUUGGGUUUUCCUCGUGACAAGGCACCUCAGAGAGGGUCUGGCCAAUGAUGAUAGCUUCACUGACCUGGAGAAGAGGCUUUUGAGCUUACCGACGGAGUUAGAAGCAUUCUUCAAGCAGAUUUUGGAGUCUGUUUCAAGCUUCUACCAUGAGAAAAUGGCGGGCGCACUCCAAGUGGCACUCUAUGCAAAAGAACCGCUGGAUUCCAUGAUAUACAGCUUUAUUGGCGACGAGUACGAAGAUCCAGACUACUUCCGACAUCCCUUGGACCUGGAAAACGAUAUGAAUACAGAUGGCCACCAGAAUCAGUUAAGAGCGCGACAAAAACAAAUUCGUGGCUCAAGCUAUCCAAUCUUGAAGGCGGAAACUUUAUGCUGUUUGAAGAGAGCGGGCUACAGGAUCUCGCUUUCUGCGAAAGCCCGCUCUACCUGGGAGUUCGCACAGCCCUCAUAUGCUUCAUACCUUGAACUGGUCGAUGAAGUUCCCAAAACGGCCUUGGACUCGCUUGUUGAUGAGAUGGACCUUAGACUGGCCGACAUGGCCAGGGCUAUCAAACCAACACUAGUUGGGCAUCAUGUGGAGACAUCUGAACACGUUUCUGCACUGAUUCGGAUAAUUGCCCUUGACCUGCCUUUGAUGGGUUAUCUUUCCAGGAAGCUUAUGGCAGAACCAAGCUUUCUCUCCAUCUUCAGCCAGUCAGCAAUAUCCAUGUCGUCAAAAGCUCGAGUACGUGCUCAAAAGGCUGGGCCGAGCCCUAACGAACUGACCGUGGGCUCGAUGCACAUGAUCACGAUAUGGAAGAAGUUCUUAUCGGAGGUUCUUCCAAAAGGAUCUCCAACGCGAUGGACAAGAGCCGGCCCCAAGUUCCAAGACGCGAUCGAACAGGGGCUGGUACAGGCUAGGAUCUGGUCGGUCUCUGGUAACAUUGCCCCUGCCUUCACUUUAUUCGUGGCCGCUGCUUUCGACAUGGAAUGGCACGACCGAGCUGAAGAAAUGUACUUCCAAGCACUGAACUCGUUCAUCAAAGGAGGGGCUGCUUUUGACAGCAGUGAGAAUUCUCGUAAUGAAUCUCGACCCUCUGGCUUGGACCAGACUCUCGUUGAAUUCUCCAUCAUCGACUUUGCUGAGUUUGAUUCCUUCACGCGUACAACUGCCGCGGAACCUGCCCAGGGACACCACGAGGUUAUCUUUGGCCGCCUCGAGGCAAAGCUGGAUCUAGUUGAUUCCUUUGAACAGAAGCCACAGCGUCUCUUUCUCGCCAAAUUGCUGAAAAAGAUCUUGGUAUGCGCCCACAAGGCAUCGUGGCCACUGGACAAGUAUCAACAUCUGAUUGAUCGAGCCCUACGCGACGAAGAUCCACCGCCAGGUGACAUUGUCCCUUCACUUUGUCUGAAGCGAAGCGGAACAAUUGAUUUCGAUGAAUAUGGAAGGAAGACCAAGCGAAGAUUAUGUUGGGACUGGUGA